AUGCAGGACGACUCGGCGCCUGCCGAGUCCUCGGCGACGGACAAGGAUGAUGUGUGGUCCAUCGCCAGCAUCCCGCCCAGGUUUAGUAAAUUGUUAGGCGCGUUGGACGAUGCCGCCUUUACGCAUAACAUUUCCGCCUACGAGGGGUUUGGCUCUUUUCACUCUGGAAACGUUGAGGAACUCAUCGCCGUGGAGAGUGGCGCGUACCACCCCCCACUGCUGCCGCCCUUCGCGAGGAGGGUGCUGGGGCGCAGCGAACUCUGCCAGCUCCUCGCCGCGAAGGAUGAGGAGGAGCGGAUGGAGAUCAGGAAGCGGCCCAUUCAGCGGUGCGAAUUUGGGCUUCCCUUUCGUCAGGAGCAUUUCACUGUCACACCUGAGUUUGUCUUCAUUAACCAUGGCGCCUUUGGAGGAACUCUCUGCGGCGCCUUGGCGAUCAAGCACGGCUACGAGGAACUCAUGGAGCGACAGGUGGUGGAGUACAUGGAUCGGGAACUGCUGCCUCUGGUCGUGUACAGUGUUCGAAGGCUGGCAGAGUUUUUCAACGCAAACCCUCAACAAGUUGUCUUGCUUCAAAAUGCAACCUUUGCGCUGAACUGUGCGAUGCAGCUGAUCGCAAAGGAUGACGUUGUCGCGUUUUUUGAUACCGAGUACCUUUCCGUGUACAAGAUGAUGUACUUCCGCUGCGAAAGCGUGGGUGCUACCCUGCAUGAGGUUUCACUUACAAGGCACCUGCAUGACGCUUCCAUCAUGGGAGACGAUGCAGCCCUCACAGAUGAAAUAUGUCGCCAGCUACCAAGCGGUUGCACAACUGCCGUCUUUGAUUACGUCACAUCCACCACGGCGCUUUGUUUGCCGGUGUUUACACACAUUAUUCCCGCAUUGAGGAAGCGUGGUGUGACAAAGAUUAUUGUGGACGGGGCGCAUGCCCCGUUACAGCUGCAUUUGGACUUUAAUGACCUACCGGCAGCGUCGAAGCCGAGCGUAUUUGUUGGGAACCUUCACAAGUGGUUUUCCAUCGCCAAGUCUGUCGGAUUCAUCUGGGUUAACAACUCAAUUUUGGACUCGUUUCACUCCGUUGUUCUUUCUCAUGGUGCGGGUGAUGGGUUUCUCUCGGAGUUUAUAUGGGAUGGCACACGCGACUACGGCGCCUACCUCUGUAUUCCAGCAGUCAUUGACUUUUGGCGUCUGCAGGGCGUUGAGCGUGUGCGAGAUCAUUGCGCCCACUUGCUCCAAUCGGCGGCAAAGAUGCUUACGUCCCGCUUUGGCACGCGCCCGGUAGCCCGGCAUGCUCCGUUCAUGUCUCUUGUGGAGCUUCCGGAGGCGCUGCAGGGGCCGUACUUGACGGCAAAGUAUAUUCAAGACCUCCUGCACGACAUAUACAUGCUGGAGGUCCCCGUCAAGCGGGUGGAGGGGCGCUUCUACGUACGCAUCAGCGCCUUCGUCUAUAAUACCCCUGGCGAAUACGUGUACCUGCGCGAGGCGGUCUUAGGCAUCGCCCGCAAUUGGCUGCACUCAGAACUGCAGCGACGGUUGCUUCCGCGAGGGGCCGGCGACCCCGCCGACCCCUCGCUUCCGUGUGACAAGCGGAUCCGCGAACAAGGCGGGUGUGGCGUGUCUGGGCUUGAGCCGGUGGUGAAGAAACGACGGGGCACCCGGUUCUGA